CCCCCCCCAAAAAGAUGUCCUACUUCACCGAGCACUUUUGGGGCGAGAAGCACCAGGGCUUCGACGUGCUGUACCACAACAUGAAGCACGGGCAGCUCUCCACCAAGGAGCUGGCAGACUUCGUCCGUGAGAGGGCUGCCAUCGAGGAGAACUACGCCAAGGCCAUGGUGAAGCUGUCGAAGAUGGCCACCAACGGCACCCAGCUGGGGACCUUCGCGCCGCUGUGGGAGGUGUUCCGCAUCUCCUCGGACAAGCUGGCCCUGUGCCACCUGGAGCUGAUGAGGAAGCUGCAGGACCUCAUCAAGGAGAUCUCUCGCUACGGGGAGGAGCAGGGCAGGGUGCACAAGAAGUCCAAGGAGGAGGUGUCAGGGACGCUGGAGGCUGUGCAGCUGCUGCAGGGGGUGGCCCAGCUGCUGCCCAAGUCCAAGGAGAGCUACCACAGCCGGUGCCAGGAGUACGAGAGGCUGCGCAAAGAGGGCACCAGCCAGAAGGAGAUCGACAAGGCAGAGCUGAAGUGGCGCAAGGCUGGCGAGGCCCUGAGGCGGGCAGUGGACAAAUACAACUCUGCCAGGCAGGACUUCGAGCAGAGGAUGCUGGACUCAGCCAUGCGUUUCCAAGAGGUGGAGGAGGCUCACCUGCACCACAUGAAAGGCCUCAUCAGCUCCUACUCCCACUCGGUGGAGGACACCCACGUCCAGAUCGGGCAGGUCCAUGAGGAGUUCAAGCAGAACGUGGAGAACAUUGGCACCGAGCUGCUGCUGAGGAGGUUCGCUGAGAGCAAGGGCACAGGGCGCGAGCGGCCAGGAGCCUUGGAUUUCGAGGAGUACCGGCUGGCCCCAGUGCAGGAAGGACCUAAAAGGAGCCGGAGCAAAGCGUUCCGGAUCCCCGGCUUGAGCCGUAAGGAGAGGGAUCGUGAUGCUGGGGAAUCCCCAGAUGCCGAGCAGGGCUGCCCGGAGGUGGACGAGGACGGCUUCACCGUGCGCCCCGACACCUCCCGCUCGGAGGGGGAGCCCCGCGGCUGCUCCUCCAGCGACUCGGAUUACGACGAGGAGGAGCCUCGCAAGUUCUACGUCCACAUCAAACCGGUGCAGCCCCGGGAGGCGGCCGGCAGCGCCGAGGCCACCAUGGAGCAGCUCAAGGCCACCGUGGGAAACCUCAUCCUGCACCCCACGCUUGGGGGCACCGUCAAGCGACAGUCGUCCAGGCAUGUGGCAUCUCUGACCCCAGCCCCAAGCGAUGCAGAGCCCGAGGGGACGCUGGCAGCAGGUGACAGUGCAGGCAGGGGGUGCCCAGCAGCGCAGGUGAACAGUGGCCCUGGGAAAGCCCCUCCUGACCCCGUGCCCCCCGCUGCUCUCUUCGGGCCCCCCCUGGAGUCGGCGUUCGAGGCAGAGGACUUCCCGGCCCCCCGUGCCUACGUCCUCACCUCUUCUUCCUCCCCCUUCUCCUCUUCCUCCCCGGAGAACGUGGAGGACUCCGGCUUGGAUUCGCCCUCGCACCCCCCGCCCGGCCCCUCCCCGGAUUCCAGACCCUGGAGCCCGCAGCCAGGGACACCUCAGAGCCCCCUCCCCAAGGCGGACCCUCCUCAAGCGCCCCCACCCCAGAGCACCAGCGCCAGGGACCCCAGCGGUUGGGGGCCGCGGUGCCGCAGCCCCUCCGGCCGCCCCCCGGACCCCCCCAGUUUCGCCGUCUUCAGCGGCCACGGGGCCGGGGGGCUCUGGGAGGAGCUGGGGGCAGCCCCCCGAGGCCGCAGCCCAGCCCCCCGAGAAGUUCCCUCCCCAGACCCUUUCGGGGAGCCGUGGGUCAGAGCCCACAGCCCCAGCGGGGAGCAGCAGCCCCUGCCCAGACCUUCCUCCAACUCGGCUUCCUCCUCCUCCUCCUCCCCGGCCCCCCAAAGCGGGGGGGAGUCCUCCAGUCCCUCCCCCUGGACCUGCCCAGGCUCAGGGACGUCAGCAGCUCCUGCACCUCAGCCUGAGCCUGAUGCUCUCCCUGCCCACCCCGUGGCAGCCCCCCGGGAGGUCCCCCUGGUGGCCCCCCCGCGGCGUUCCCGCACCAAGAGGGCAGCAGCUGGCACGGCCGCGGGCAGCAACAGCGACCUGUCUCGCUCUCUGAGCCCCUCACCCUCCUGGAGCUGUGCCCCCUCGCACUCGGCCCCUGCCAGCCUGGGCGAGAGAGGCUUCUUCAGCGUGCCCCCCCCGGCGCUCGGGCUGUCUCGGGGUCCCAGCCCCGUGGUGCUGGGCUCCCAGGAUGCACUGCCCGUGGCCACUGCCUUCACCGAGUAUGUCCAUGCCUACUUCAAGGGGCAGGACACCGACAGCAGCUGCCUGGUGAAGGUGACAGGGGAGCUGACCAUGUCCUUCCCUGCUGGCAUCCUGAGGGUCUUCAGUGGCAGCCUGGCACCCCCAGUGCUCAGCUUCCGCCUGCUCAACGCCGCUGCCAUCCAGCACUUCCUGCCCAACGCCGAGCUGCUCUACAGUGACCCCUCCCAGAGUGACCCCAGCACCAGGGACUUCUGGCUGAACAUGGCAGCCCUGACCGGGCACCUGCAGAGGCAAGCGGAGCAGUGCCCAGCUGCCUCCUACUACAACGUGGCACUGCUCAAGUACCAGUUCUCCCGGCUGGGCCCCGGCUGGGCGCCGCUGCGGCUCUGCGUGCGCUGGGACUGCUCCCCGGCCGCCACCCGAGUCAGCGUCGACUACGGCUACAACGCGGCCGCCCUGGCACUGCCCGUGCCCCUCGCCAACGUCCACGUCCUGCUGCCCGUGGAUGAGCCUGUGGCCAACCUGCGCCUGCAGCCGGCCGCCAGCUGGAACCUGGAGGAGAAGAGGCUGCUCUGGAGGCUGCUGGACAUCCCUGGUGCCCCGGGGCAGGGAGGCUGUGGCCGGCUCUCUGCCAGCUGGGAGCCCCUGUGCGGGCCCAGCAAGCCCAGCCCGGUGGCAGCGCAGUUCAGCAGCGAGGGCAGCACCCUGUCGGGCGUGGAGGUGGAGCUGGCCGGCGCCGGGUACCGAAUGUCCCUGGUCAAGAAGAGGUUUGCUACAGGCAUCUACCUGGCAGGGUCCUGAACCACCCUCCCCGCAGGACCCUCCGAGCCCCCUCCCCACCGCCGCGUUGGGGGGGGGCUUCCCCCUUUGGUUGUGUGAACUGGAAACACUGGAUGGAGGCCGGCUGGGGAGGGGGUGGCACAGGG